GACCAACAUCAUGAUAAAUGACUGGUUGAUUCCUGUCACGCCUUAGGAACAUAAUAGCUGAUAAUUUAGUGUAGUAUGUAUUUAGUGUUAAAAAUGAUAAUGAAAAAUGUUCUUUCUUUGUGUGUGUGUGUGUGUGUGUGUGUGUGUGUGUGUGUGUGUGUGUGUGUGUGUGUGUGUGUGUGUGUGAGAGCGGCAGUCAGACAAGCUUCACCCUCGCCAACGCAGUCAAUGCUAGGCAAACGGAGAAUAAUCAUCUCUGCGCCGCAUCUCCUAGCUACUUCCAAAAAGGCUCAGUUGAAGUGACAAGUGGUUUUAAGGGUGUUUCUACAAUUCUACUGACAGAUUAAAGAGAUUUCUACAUUAUGAAGAGGAGAAACAUUCUUGAGAAGCUGGCUAACCAUCUUUGUGGUCUUUGAAAAUAGUUGUGCUGAGAUAACAGAGUUUCAAGAUACACCAUCAUGCUGGGGAUGGUGGUGCUGCUAUUGGCCGGUGUUAUUACGGCCACACCACCUACUAACCCAUGGUACACAAGCGUCUUACAGCACCUAGUCACUGGCACCCUCUCAGGAAGGCCUCUGGUAGUUUAUCUGGAUGAGACUCUUGGCUUCUCAACCUCCCAGCUGAUCCGCUCUGCCCUCCACGACACUCCUCUAGUGCUGGCAGACCUCAGGAUGCAAGGAAAGGAGUGGUGUGAGCGGCAGACGCAGGAGGUGCUAAGGGCGGGUUGGCUGGUACAUGUCGCGCUCCUCGGUUCAAACGCAACAUUCUUUUUUGAGGGUUUAGCGGCGCAGGAGUGCAAUUGGCAGCCUCAGUACUUGCUGUUGGUGAAUACACAGAGUGAUUCUCCUGAUGUACUGACGGAGGAAGCGUUCAGUAGAGUGGAGCGCCUUGCUUUACUGAGUGUAGAGGAUCAAGCGUCUAAUAACUCUUCCCUCUCCGCUUUCAUCUACUCAUUCUUCCCCUUCGCACACCGGACACCAAUUCGACGCACCGCGAUAAGGAGCAACAGUACGUCACUGCAGCACCUUUUUGUGGACCGGUUCCCGUCCUUCGAGGGGUACCAGUUCCAGGUUGCCUCAUGGCUCGAUGACUAUCCUUACUUAUACUUAAGCAGCGGCGGGCAGGAGGCCUUGCUUGAGGUGCGGGAGCUACAGACAGGCGAGGCGGGUGGAUUGCAAGUGGAGAUACUGAAUAGCCUUGGCGACGCUCUUAACUUCACCUACACUAUGAUGUCACGGCCUGAGGAUUGGCAAUGGGGCGAACUGCAAGACGGGGCGUGGACUGGGAUGCUGGGAGAGGUGCACAGCGGAAAAAAGAACUUCACUGUUAAUUUCUUUGGGUAUAAUGUUGAGAGGACGCGGGAUUUCGACGCCAGCCCACCUUACUGGAUGGAGGGAUAUGGCCUGACGCUCCUCACCCCGCCGCCUCUGGCCAGGUGGCGCGCGGCUUACUACCCAUUCCAUGUGUCUGUGUGGUGGUGCUGUGUGGCCACCUUCCUGCUGGUGGUGAUUGUGUGGGUGAUGCAGGGCGGGUCGUCAAGUGGAGAUGGGAGAGAAUGGUCGUACCUCCUCCGCCCACUCUUGAACCAAAGUUUGCCCGGACUCCCAUCCUCCCAAGGUCUGCGUGUCUUCAUAGCCACCUGGUGUCUCUCGACCUUCAUUCUCACCAUUGCCUACACCGCUAACCUGGUCGCCUUCCUUUCCGUGCCUGUCUUUCCCCCUCGCAUCCGCACUGUUGAGGAGCUGGCGGCAAGUUCAUUGAGAGUAACGAUGUGUGACUACGGAGAGUUCGUGCCAGAAGCCCUCAAGGAGUCUCACAAUCAGUACUACCGCGCUCUGGGCACCAAGCUGGACCUUUAUGAGGAGUACAAUGCCACGCUGCCGUUACUCAUUGACGGUUCCCACGCCUUCCUCGAGAGUUAUUCCUACUCCAGGAUCCUUCUGAAGCUCAAUGACUAUGACGUGAAAGACACGUAUAUGUUGAAGGAGCAGCUGUACCCGGCCCAUCUGUGCUGGUACUACAGAAAACACUCGCCUUGGAAGCACCGUCUAGAUCACGGCCUGGUGAUGUUCGUAGAGGCUGGCUUGGUGCAACACUGGAUUCAGGAGAAGACCAACCAGCUCCUAGGACGAGGCUGGCAGAGAGAGGAGAGAGAGACGCACCAGGACAGCCCUCUCUCCCUCAAACCCUUCAGGCUCCCUUCUUCAUCCUCCUCAUUGUCCUAAUCCUCAGCGUCCUCACCUUCCUCGCUGAGAUCAUCCUUCACAAGUUAAAAGAAGGAUCAGAAUGCAUAACCUCUCUAGCUUUCUCCUAUAACUUGUGGAAACUUCGGCAUUCUGAUAGCAGGAAGAUACAUUAAUUAACAAUUUUUAAUGCAAGAGGAAACCAGCCAAGGGCAACAGAAGAUUAAAAAAAAAAAAAGGCUCACUUGAAAUACUGGUUCCCUUAAAGAUUAGUGAAGAAUUAGGCAAGAGACGGAAAAAUGUCCUGAACUGAAUGUAUGCAUAGUUUGUAUGUAAAAGAGACACUUGAUAAGAACAAUGAAAAACAGAAAUAAAGGUCUAUGAAGGUGGUAGUCCCGAAAAAAUGUUAUAUUAAAUGAAAAUAAAUGGAAAAAGAAGAGGUUAACAGAUGUAAUGUAUUUUCA